CCCCGGGUGGCUGAAGCUUUCGGGGCUCCGUGCUGUCAGCCGCGGGGUCGGGUGGGUCGGGCGCGGCUAAGGAACGACACCCCUGCCCGCGGGGGUCCCUGCAGCCAUGGCCUGCUCCAUCGUCCAGUUCUGCUCCUUCCAGGACCUGCAUUCCGCGCGCGACUUCCUGUUCCCUCAGCUGCGAGAGGAGACCCCCGGCGCCCUGAAGAGGGACCCCAGUAAAUCAUCAAACUGGGAAGAUGAUAGUUGGGGAGCAUGGGAAGAAACAGAACCCCAAGAACCCGAAGAAGAAGGAAAUGCUUCUAAAACACAAAAAACUUCCUGGCUUCAAGAAUGUGUUUUAUCCUUAUCUCCAACCAGUGAUCUUAUGGUGAUAGCCCGGGAGCAAAAGGCUGCAUUUCUAGUGCCAAAAUGGAAGCAUGGUGAUAAAGGGAAGGAAGAAAUGCAGUUUGCUGUUGGUUGGAGUGGCUCCCUGAGUGUGGAAGAAGGGGAGUAUGUGACCAGUGCUCUCUGCAUCCCACUGGCAAGCCAGAAGAGGAGUUCCACUGGGCGUCCUGACUGGACCUGCAUUGUGGUGGGGUUCACGACUGGCUAUGUGCGGUUCUACACUGAGAGUGGUGUGCUUUUGCUUGCACAACUCUUGAAUGAGGACAAAGUGCUUCAGCUUAAGUGCAGGACCUAUGAAAUCCCCCGACACCCUGGAGUGACCGAGCAGAAUGAAGAACUGAGCAUCCUAUAUCCAGCCGCCAUUGUGACUAUUGAUGGCUUCAGUCUUUUUCAGUCCCUCCGUGCUUGUCGGAACCAGGUGGCAAAAGCUGCAGCAUCAGGCAAUGAGAACAUACAACCACCACCGUUAGCUUAUAAGAAAUGGGGUCUUCAAGAUAUUGACACUAUUAUUGAUCAUGCUAGUAUUGGUAUUAUGACUCUGUCACCUUUUGAUCAGAUGAAGACUGCUUCCGUUAUAGGGGGGAUUAAUGCAACAAUUAAAAACAGCCCACCUGCCAUGUCUCAGUAUAUCACUGUAGGGUCCAGUCCCUUCACUGGCUUCUUCUAUGCUCUAGAGGGAAGCACUCAGCCGCUGUUGUCUCAUGUCGCGCUCGCGGUCGCCAGUAAACUGACGUCUGCUCUCUUUAGUGCUGCCAGUGGUUGGCUUGGUUGGAAAAGCAAGCACGAAGAAGAGACCGUCCAGAAGCAGAAGCCCAAGAUGGAGCCAGCUACUCCCUUAGCUGUGAGAUUUGGACUUCCGGAUUCUAGACGCCAUGGAGAAAGCAUAUGCCUGUCUCCUUGUAACACCCUGGCAGCAGUCACAGAUGAUUUUGGCAGAGUUAUCUUGUUGGAUGUCGCUCGAGGAAUUGCAAUACGGAUGUGGAAAGGGUAUCGAGAUGCACAAAUUGGAUGGAUUCAGAUUGUAGAGGACCUCCAUGAACGAGUACCAGAAAAGGGGGAGUUUUCCCCCUUUGGAAAUACUCAAGGUCCCAGUCGAGUAGCUCAGUUCCUUGUGAUCUAUGCGCCACGAAGGGGUAUUUUGGAAGUGUGGAACACACAGCAAGGACCAAGGGUGGGAGCUUUCAAUGUGGGCAAGCACUGCAGGCUGCUGUAUCCUGGCUACAAAAUAAUGGGCUUAAACAACGUGACAAGUCAGAGUUGGCAGCCUCAGACUUACCAGAUCUGUCUUGUUGACCCGGUGUCUGCAAGUGUAAAAACGGUCAAUGUGCCUUUCCAUUUAGCACUGAGUGACAAGAAGAGUGAGAGAGCCAAGGACCUGCACUUGGUGAAGAAACUGGCAGCCCUGCUAAGAUCAAGGUCACCCGGGCCUGAUUCAUUUGAAACAGAAAUAAAGGAGUUGAUCCUUGAUAUUAAGUACCCUGCAACCAAGAGACAAGCUCUGGAAAGCAUUUUGGCCAGUGAGCGUUUGUCAUUUUCCUGCCUUAGAAACGUUACUCAGACUUUAAUGGACACUUUAAAAAAUCAAGAGCUUGAGUCUGUGGAUGAAGGACUGCUGCAGUUCUGUGCCAAUCAGCUGAAGUUACUACAUCUUUACGAAUCUGUCAGCCAGUUAAAUUCUGUUGAUUUUCACUCAGACACACCGUUCUCUGAUAACGACUUGGCUGUGUUGCUGAGAUUGGACGAUAAGGAGCUUGUGAAGCUCCGGGCCUUAUUAGAGAAGUACAAACAAGAAAACACCAAGACCACUGUCCGGUUUUCUGAGGAUGCAGACGGGGUGCUGCCCGUCAAGACCUUCCUCGAAUAUCUAGAGUAUGAGAAGGAUGCACUGAGCAUAAAGAAGAUAAGCGAGGAGGAGUAUGUUGCUCUAGGCAGUUUCUUUUUUUGGAAGUGUUUGCAUGGAGAAAGCUCCACGGAGGAUAUGUGUCACACUCUGGAGUCUGCCGGACUUAGUCCUCAGCAGUUACUGUCUCUGCUCCUAAGUGUUUGGCUUUCGAAGGAAAAAGAUAUUCUGGACAAACCACAGUCUGUCUGCUGUCUUCAUACCAUGCUGUCCCUACUGAGCAAGAUGAAAGUGGCCAUUGAUGAGACAUGGGAUUCUCAGUCUGUGUCCCCUUGGUGGCAGCAGAUGCGCAUGGCCUGUAUUCAGUCGGAGAACAAUGGAGCUGCCCUGCUGUCUGCACACGUUGGGCAUUCUGUUGCUGCCCAGAUGUCCAGCAGUUCUACAGAUAAGAGAUUUUCCCAGACAGCUUUGGGUGCUGAUGCAGAGCCCUCAACAGACUCCUGGGAAGCCCUUUCUCUUGACACCGAGUACUGGAAGCUCCUGCUGAAGCAGCGGGAUACUGCCCUCAUCCUCCAGACCCUGCUCCACAGCAAGGCCAGUCCUCCAGCUGCCAAGUCAUCUCCACAGACAGAGCCAAUUCCAAGGCUUUCUGUGAAGAAAACUGGUGGUGUUGCAGACAGUGUAGCCAAGUGGAUAUUUAAACAGGACCUCAGCCCUGAACUGUUGAAAUGUGCCCACCAAGAAAGAGAUCCAGAAAACCCAGAUGAACCCAAAGAAGACUUGCUGCGUUUAGCCUAUGAGCAGUUCCCGUGUAGCCUUGAGCGUGUGCUGCAUGCACAUUGCUGCUGGGAGUAGUUGUUCAGUGGAAUAAAGAACCCAGAGGAAGCGCGCUUUCUGGUUAGGUCCAUAGAACACUUGAAGCACAUUCUUAAUGCACAUGUUCAAAAUGGUAUCGCGUUGAUGAUGUGGAAUACAUUCUUAGUUAAAAGGUUUUCUGCUGCCACCUACUUGAUGGAUAAGGUUGGGAAGUCUCCAAAGGAUAGGUUAUGCCGAAGGGAUGUGGGGAUGAGUGACACAGCAGUGACGUCCUUCCUCGGAUCCUGCCUGGACCUUCUCCAGACCUCACUGGAGGCUGACAUUAGCAGGGAUGAAAUGCAGAUGCCGGUCCUGGACACUGAGGAUGCCUGGCUGUCCGUGGAGGGCCCCAUCUCUAUAGUGGAACUGGCGCUCGAGCAGAAGCCUAUCCACUACCCACUGGUGGAGCAUCAUUCCAUCCUGUGCUCCAUCCUGUAUGCAGCCAUGCGCUUUUCUCUUAAGAGUGUGAAGCCUCUCGCUCUUUUUGAUAGCAAGGGAAAGAAUGCAUUUUUCAAAGACUUAACUUCAAUUCAGUUAUUACCUAGUGGGGAAAUGGAUCCAAAUUUCAUUUCUGUAAGACAACAGUUCUUACUGAAAGUUGUCAGUGCAGCUGUCCAGGCCCAGCAUUCUGUCACCAAGGACAAAGAACCCUCCGAAGAGGCGGCAACCACUCACUGGAAAGACCAAAACUGGCCAGUUCUGGCUGUGGAUUUAGCUCAUCACCUUCAAGUGAGCGAAGAUGUCAUUCGAAGGCAUUAUGUGGGAGAGCUGUACAACUAUGGAGCUGACCUCUUAGGAGAGGAGGCCAUUCUGCAAGUUCAUGACAAAGAAGUUCUGGCGUCUCAGCUGCUCGUGUUGACAGGGCAGAGGCUGGCACAUGCACUUUUCCACACCCAGACAAAAGAAGGCAUGGAGCUGCUGGCCAGACUCCCACCCACACUCUGCACCUGGCUGAAGGCAAUGAACACCCAGGAUCUUCAGAACACUGAUGUGCCAAUCGCCACAACAGCUAAACUAGUGCACAAAGUAAUAGAGCUCCUGCCGGAGAAGCACGGGCAGUACAGCCUCGUCUUACACCUCAUCGAAGCUGUGGAAGCCAUGGCUACUUCAUGACAGUCGUCCAAAGUCCUGCGACCACAUCAGUCACUGCAUGUCACUUUACACACCAAGAUCUGGAACUUUUUGGAGGUUUUUUUUGUUUUGUUUUGCUUUUUUGUAUAAUAAAUAAAUAUAUUACUUUUAAAAAAUGCAAUCCUGGCUAAGUUCCAUUUCUUCAGUUGAGACUGAAGAUAAAAUACAUUAACUGAGCUAUAAUUACAGAUGCUUUACUGUUUUUUUUCAUUCAAAUAAGUAACUUUAUUGUUAAACUUUGUAUUGUAACUGAUUAUAAUUUGCAGAUUUCAUUCUUACUGUAGUAUUCCAGUUCAUAUCCAGAUGACUCCUGUGGAGAUUAGGUGUUCAUCCAGCUCCCAUCAGCAUGCUAGAGACUCAGCCCACCCUUUAGAGCAUGCAGAGAUGUCCUUAUGUUUGGCCCUGCACCAGGAAGCCACUGGCAGGGCUCUGGGUGCUGACUGCUUCCUGCCCUGGGGUGCUGCUGCCAUCAGAGGAGAAAUGGCUUUGAGAUCCCAGAAGCGACCUGGAGAAGGACCCCAGGCCUGCUGUACUUGCCAGAAUUGGGAAUCAGAGAUGUGAACAAUGCAUCAAAAUCAAUUAUAAUGUAAAUUAAGAUUUACUCUUUAUUUUGUCAAGUUCCAGAAUUGUAUCCACAUCAGGUAAUUGUAAAAAAUGUAUUAUCUUGUAAAACUUCAUGUUAAAAAAAAAAAAAAGAACAAAGCAAAGAUUCUAAAAUAUUUAAAGUCCAACUUUAUUUUUCUUCCAAGUGUUCAAAAUAUGUUGCCUGUCCUAGGAGAAGGACAGAGAACAUGCUUUGGGCUGUGACAGCCUUAGCAAACCUACCUCACAACUGGGUGGAGAGGACAAACUGCAGCCAGUUCUGUAGCCUGUAGUGCCUAGUGCAGGCCAAGCGCUAAACACAUGUGUGAGUCAGACCCACCUGCCCCAGGCUGGCCACGGUGCUUGGCUCUGCUGACCAGCAAGUACUUACUGCGGUGAGACUAUCUCUGGAAUGUAGCCAUAACUGUGGUGACUGCCAUGGUCACAGCUGUCACAGUAAUCAUUCCAAUAUAGGGAAGAAGGCAACUCCACCAUUGUGAAGGUUGAAAAUGUCCUUCAGGGACACCCAGUAAAAAUCUGAACCUGAACAUACACAAAUGUGAAUUCUUUUCCAUUAAAAAGUCAGAUCUAAGAUCGUGGCUGGCUAAAACUAACGCUGUUAGCAGUCGGAUUUCACUAAGAGAAAUGUUUCGGUGUUGCCCAGGUGGCUGUGAGGAGCAGCCAGCUGCAUGCUGCGAUCCUGUAAGCACAGCUUGACUAACAUGAAUACCGCCCUUUCCAGGGUCCUAGGAGGCCCGUUCUCCCAGGGCCGAGUACUCUGGAAGAAGCUGGAGAGAGUGGGCACUGCUAAUGGUCCUUUUACUCUAAUCCCAUUACUUGUUUUUUGAGGAUAAAACUGGCUAUAUUUACUCUGGUAGAUCACAUAAGAGAAUUAAAACAUAAAUUAAGUCUCUAAGUUAGAUCUGUCAUCCAAAAAUGUAAUACACAUAGAAUUUAAAAACUAAAUCCUGAGUUUAAUAAAGGCAGUAAAAUAUUCUACUACAUUACUAAGGGCUUUUAAAAUAAAUAUGAUAAAGAAAAUUUAACAUUUAUGUAUCCAUUCUCUAACAACAAAGUGCCACAAAUAAAGGAAUUAGGUUCUAAUGGGGCUGGUGUCCCUGCAACAAGGGCAUGGCAUAUGCCCUUAACCAGUAGUGUUUCCCUAGAUACCCCCCUCUCUCCCUUACAAUUACAUACUUUUUUUACCCUGCUAAUGAAAGUGUUCAGAUAAUCCUAACUUCUCUACCCCAGGCUGUGCUUAGAUGUAGACGUGGAGGAGCCGGGAUAAUGUAGAUAGAACGGUACAUUACAUAGCCCCAGGCUUUCCACUUUAGCCAAGAGACACAAAAGGUCAUCUACGGUGUGAAGCCUGCUGCAUUUAAAUAGCUUUUUAAAUAUGAUUAUUUAUGAUUUAAAAUCAUAGCAAACUAAGACUUAGUAACAAUAAGCUUACAUUGAUUACAGCAUUCACUUAGAAGUUGCUAUGGACCAUUUCAUGAAUAAACAAGUAUUCUUACAGUGCACUACAGCAAUAGUGAAAGCCCUCUCACCUCACAGGGAUGGGUUUACGAGGCAGCUAGAUUCUGCUUAGAUUAGCCAUCCUUGAAAGAUCAGUCCAGUAUUGGAUUGCUCACAAAAUGCUCUACUGUCUACUGUCAAUGUAUUGUGAGUAGUGAAUUCUGUAUACACCAUUACUUUCUGUGUCUAUUCACUAUUGUGAACUUGUGUAUAUUAGUGAAAUAAAUGUUCAGCUUUUAUGUUA